AUGCUCUUUGCCUGCAGUGGUAGUUCGAGCGUUAUAAACCAACGAAUUGUUGUAAUCGGGCAGGAGGAAUUUCCGGUAAGGCCCGGCUCAUCAAUCGGCGAUCAUCGUGGUUCACUGCAGCAAUCCGGUAGGAACAGCCGAGGCUCAGCAUCGUGUCCAGAAACAUUUCGCACAUAUGCUGAUAGCCCUGCUCGGGACACACCGCAUUUUCGAAGUCGCAGCAAUUCAAGAAGUGGCUCCAGAACUGAAAUCCUACGUCCUGGCCAGUGGACAGCUGUAACGCCACAAGUCAAACUUCGAGCACUUACACCAAGUGAGCAGCACGAAGUUUUUGAAGCACAGAAAAGAGAAGGGUUACUGCAUAAAGCAUCAGAACAGGGUGAGUGUUUAUGA